AUCAUUUUUAAAAGCAAAGCUCAAACCCACAUUGAAACCAACCCAAAAACAUUCUUGCUUAGCUUUCUUGUUUCAAUUGAAAGAAAAGAUGGGAAAAAUAAAAUUCUCUCUCUCUCAACUGAUCUUUUGAGCUUCUUCUUUCUUUCCUUUCAUGGAGAUUAUUGCUGAUCAUUGAACAUAUAGGGUUAGUGUGAGUGAGACACAAAAAAUGGAAGAGAUAAACCCUAAUCCAUGCAUAUUGGAGAUGAAGAAGAAAUCAACAAAGCCUCCUAAAGAGCCAUUGAAUUGUCCAAGAUGCAAGUCUAACAACACAAAAUUUUGUUAUUACAACAAUUACAGCCUCACACAACCAAGAUACUUUUGUAAGUCUUGUAGAAGGUAUUGGACUGAAGGUGGGUCCCUCAGAAAUGUCCCAAUUGGAGGAGGCUCAAGAAAGAACAGAUCAAAAUCAUCAACAACAAUUUCUAUUUCUUCAGCUCCUUCUUCAUCCUCAUCUUCAUCUGAUCAUUUCAACAACAACAACAACCCAAAAUUACCAAAUUACCCUUCAUCUCAAUUUUCUACUCAAAACCCAAUUGGAUUAAGAGAUUUUAACCUUGCUUUCCCUAAGGUUGAAAAUGUCAACAAUAGUUAUAAUUGUGGAAUUGGUAAUUUUAGGGGUUUGAGUACUUUUAUCCCAAAUCUAAUGCCAAAUUCCAAUAAUAAUAAUGCUAAUUUGGGGAUUAAUAGUAAUAGUGAUCAAUACCCAACUGGGUUUUCUUUGCCUGAUAUUGAUGAGUUUAAGCCAAGUUUGGGUAUUCAUUCUGUUGAUGGGUUUGGAGAUGGAAGAAAUUUGCUUCCUUUUCAAGAAUUGAACCAACAAACUGCUGCCCCAAAUGAAGGUGAUCAUCAAAAUGAAAGGCAACAAGGAAUUAAUAUUUCAACUGGAUAUUGGAGUGGGAUGCUUGGGGGUGGAUCAUUGUAAGGAAGUCAGCCUUUCUUUUUUUUUCCUUCCAGUUUCAGCUUUUUCAAACCCUAGAUCUCCUUUUUCCUUUGAUUGCCAGUUUCAUUGAUUGAGCUAGUAUUUUUGUUCGUAAAAUUUUGUUAUAUGUUUCUGAAAAUUAUAUAUAUACAUAUAUAUGUGCUUAUUUGCUGAUUUUUCUUUGUUUUCUACUAAUA